AUGGAGGACUGCCUUCACACCUCCUCCGAAAACCUCUCCAAGCUGGUGAGCUGGGCCCACAGCCAUGGGACCAUCUGCAGCCUCAUCCCCAACCUCAAGCACCUGCUUUCCGAGGGGGCCCAUGGCAACCUGACAGCCAUGUGGGGCUGUAGUGCUGGCCAUGCCUACCACUGGCCCCUGGCCGCCACUUGCCGGGCUGGUUCCCAGGAGCGUGUCUGCUUCCAGGACAGCCGCAGCUUCAACUCAGACAGCCCCAGCAUGCUGGGGGUGCCAUCAGAGGCUCAGGCCAGCCCCCUGGAGCGCUACCCAGGCCGGCCAGGGAAAGCCAAGCUGGAUUGCACCCGCACUCGUGACUCCUGCGAUUUCUCCUACUGCAGUGAGCCGUCAGACCUGGGCGAGCCUGUGGAGGAGUACGAGGAUGAGGCCACCCUCUUUGACAUGGUCUGUGAGUCCUCUGUCACUGACGAGGACAGUGACUUUGAGCCACACCCGCACCGUGCUCCCACCGGGCCCCGCAAGCGGCCAGCAGCCGCGGCCCAGGCCCAGGCCCAGGCUGCUGACGAGGGUGGCGGUGACGUGCUCCUCAAGAAGAUCAAGCAGGAGCUCCCUGAGGACUACUAUAUAGUGGCCAACGCAGAGCUGACGGCCGGCGCUGAUGGGCCGGCCCUGGCCCUGACACAGAUGUCCAAGCCCAAGCCGCAGCCCCCGGCUGGGCCUUCCUGCCUGGCACCCACCAGAACCGUGCCCCAGCCAGCCGCAGGCCCCGAGCCUGACCCGCCGCGCCCUUGCGCCUCCCCGCCUGGCCCGCCCCGCAUGGCCGUGCAGCGGCCACCACGGGGACCCCUCGCCUCCCCGGCACGGGGGGCAGGCGGUGGCCCUGUGGCUGCCUUGCAGGUGCCAGCCACCAGCUCCAAUGCCAUCACCACUGCUGGGAAACCCAUCAGCAUCCCCCUCUCAGCCCUACAGCUGCCUGGUCAGGAGGAGCCACCAGCAGCUGCUGAGGAGACCCUGCCGUCCAUCCCACAGCUGGCCCCGGGUGGUGAGCUGGCCGGCUCGCCCUCGGUGGGUGCCGACCCUGAGGUCAGCUCCAGCCAGCAGCAGCCCCAGGCAGUGCCCACCACCACCCCUGAGGCAGCAGCGCAGCUGAUGCCAGACCAGGAUGAGAGAGCAGCAGAGCUCAGCAGGGAGCAGAAUGAGAAGACCAUUCGCAGCACGCAGACCGCUCUCCGCAAUUUCCGAGAAUUCCUCAUUUCCAAGUACCCCUCUGAGACCCGUGAGAUCUAUGUCAUCCCCUGCAAAGAGCUUGAUGCCUAUCUUGCGUCAUUCUUUGUGGAUGCCAGACAAAAGGAUGGGUCUGAAUAUGAGCCAAACAGUCUGGCCAACUAUCAGUGUGGACUGGAGCGGUAUCUCAAAGAGCACAGGUAUGGAUACAGUAUUACAAGGGAUAAGGAGUUCAAGAGGUCCCAGGAAGCUCUAAAGCAAAAGCAGAUAGAGCUGAGGUGUAAAGGCAAAGGAAAUAAGCCACACAAAUCCAUGAAGCUUACCUUUGCUGAUGAGCUUAUCCUGCGCAAAAGAGGCUUAUUGAGCAGGUACAAUCCUGAAGGGCUUCUGAACCUAGUAUGGCUGAACAACACUAAGGCAUUUGGACACUGCACAGGUUUCCACGGGUCCACCCUCAAGUGGGGAGACAUCCGGCUGCGAGUGACAGAGACUGGGUUGGAGUACCUGGAGUGGAUGGGGCCAGACAACGGGGAUGUGAGUACCAAGAGCAAGAGAGGCGGGACGGACUCGCGGGUGUACGCCACCCAGCACUCCCCGCAGACCUGCCCCGUGCAGGACUACAAGGAGUACGCGCAGCGGCGCCCUCCGGCCAUGCGCUACGAGGAUGCGCCUUUUUACCUGUCCAUCAAACCCGUUGUCAACUUGGCUGCACUUCACUGGUACAACUGCCAAGCCCUGGGGAAAAACAAGCUUGCCAAGAUGGUGAAGACAAUGUGUGAGAAAGGGAACAUCCCUGGCCGCAAGACCAACUUCAGUGUCUACCAGAGCUGCAGCACCCUCUCAGAAGCUCAGAGCAACCAGCUGGUGCUGAUCUGCAAUAACUUGAGCCAGCAGGCUGCCCAGUCCAUGGCAAGCCACUCCAAUACUGGCAACUUCAUAGUGUCAGCAUCCUAUGACUCGUCAUCUGACACUGCUUGA